AUGUGUUGGAUAGGGCUCAACGACAACUAUAUUGAAGGCGAACCUCAGUGGGCUGAUGGAAUAAUGAUGGAAAACAUGGACUGGAUGAAAAGGUGGAAAUCCGGCAACAAUGUAAAGAAAGAUUGCGUCAUGGUCCACGUCUAUGAUUUUCAUUCUAUUGUACUCGCACAAGAUCCUAAUGACUGUGGCUAUCGUCCACCUGUCACCAGUCGAAUAGUCGGCGGUACAAAUGCCGCUCCUGGAUCAUGGCCUUGGCAGGUGUCUCUACUGUUUCGCAACAAACAUCGGUGCGGCUGCGUCAUAAUCGGUGAUCACUGGAUCGUCACUGCGGCUCACUGUCUAAUAGAUCGCUACAACACAGACCGGUUGGAAAUAAUGGCAGGUUCCACAGCUUUAUCCGGGUCUCACUGGGAGUAUCGUUACCCCGUCGGAUACAUGAGGGUUCAUCCAUUUUUUGGGUUGAGGCGCAAAGAAGACUGGGACGUUGCUCUCGUGUAUGUAGAUUCUCCGAUACCGUUUAAUGUGAACAUACGACCAGCGUGUUUACCUCCCUUACGAAAGGAUAAUUUCUUUGAUCCCGACGGCAGAGAUUGCGCCAUCACUGGCUGGGGAGCGCUUUCACAAUCUGACAGUGGUGGUCCUUUGAUCUGUCAGAUGGAAGAUACAAGAUGGUAUCUCGCUGGUUUGACUAGCUGGGGAAUGAGGUGCGCUGAUCCCUAUUAUCCUGCUGUAUAUUCUCGUAUCACGGCGUCCAAUGAUUGGAUACAGGCUGCAAUGGAAGAAGGUGACAACAAUAAUAACUUUGUGACGUCAGUGACACGUACUGGUCAAGCCUCAUUGAUCCCUGAG